CUCUCUUCAUUCUCUUCCCGCCUCCUCUCUGUUCUUUCAACUCCUCGCGCCGUGGCAACGUCCUCUGGCCCUGUGCCGGCAAAAACUCACCUUUGGCGACUACCGAGUGGGGAUCACGCGAGCCGUUUCCCACUUCAUCUGCUACUCCGUACCCUAACAUAAAAAGCGUAAUCCUGUGCUUGUUCUUGCUCGUAACGACGGCCUGCCGGUGAUCCAACCAACCCACGGCUCGGGCCAGCACUUGUCCUGGCGGUAGAAAUGUCGCAGCUCGAGAGCCAUGUCACGGUUCAGAAGCGUGCUUACUACUCCCCGCCGUGGGCAGACGUGAGCAUCAUUGCCGUUGCGGGCAGCUCAGGCUCCGGCAAGUCGACGCUAUCCCAGACGAUAGUGAAGAAGCUCAACCUGCCGUGGGUCGUCAUUCUCUCCAUGGACUCAUACUAUAAGUCUUUGACCCCUGCCCAAUCCAAGCUGGCAUUUGCCAAUGCGUACGAUUUCGACUCUCCGGAGGCCAUUGACUUUGACGCUCUCAUCAACUCUCUACGGGACUUGAAGGCUGGAAAGCGAGCAGAGAUUCCUGUGUACUCCUUCGCCAAGCAUGCACGACUGGAGAACACCACAUCUAUUUAUUCCCCACACGUACUUGUCUUGGAAGGCAUUUUCGCCCUCUACGACCCACGAGUUCGUGAGCUAUGUGAUAUGGCAAUAUACUGCGAAGCUGAUGCAGACACCUGCUUGUCGCGGAGAAUUGUCCGAGACGUUCGUGAACGUGGCCGAGAUGUUGAAGGCUGUAUAAAACAGUGGUUCGCUUUCGUGAAGCCGAAUUUUGAAAAGUACGUCGAGCCACAACGUAAGGUGGCCGAUUUAAUUGUACCACGAGGAAUCGAGAACCAAGUUGCAUUGGAUAUGAUGGUUCAAUUCAUCGAAAAGAAGCUCUUUAUAAAGUCAACACACCAUCGAGAGGCUCUGGCCAGGCUCGAGGUCAGAGAUAGAGACGAGCCCCUCUCCGACCGCGUCGUUGUAAUGAGCGAAGCACCUCAAAUCAAAUUCAUGAACACCAUUCUCCAAGACAUAGACACUACCGCUGAGGACUUUAUCUUUUAUUUCGAUCGACUCGCCGCUUUAAUCAUCGAACAGGCUCUGAAUAACGUCCAGUUCGAGGAAACGACAAUUGAGACGCCGCCGGGUUACAAGUACAACGGCCUGCGGCCCAAGGGAGAAGUCAGCGCUGUAAUUGUGCUCCGAGGAGGAUCAGCCUUUGAACCGGCGCUCAGAAAGACCAUCCCGGAUUGCAGAACGGGACGGCUCCUGAUCCAGUCCAGUUAUUCGACUGGCGAACCAGAACUUCAUUAUCUGCGUCUCCCGGAAGAUAUCCACGAGCAUGAAAGUGUGUUGCUGCUCGACACGCAGAUGGCUAGUGGAGGAGCAGCUCUCAUGGCUGUUCAGGUCCUAGUCGACCACGGCGUCGCUUUGGAGCGUAUCGUCCUGGCAACUUAUUCCGCUGGAAAAGUUGGCUUGCAUAGGUUGAUGACGGUAUUCCCAGAGAUUACGGCCGUGGUGUGCAAUCUCCUACCCCAUCAAGAGCAGCGGUGGGUUGAAAAGAGAUAUUUCCGUUGUUAAGCGACCUGCAUAUCCUAAAGAAAGAAGAAGAAAAAAAAUAUCUAUAUUCUACUCGCAUGAUAGACGACGAGAUUGAUGGUUCUCUUUGGACCUUGCGAGACAACAGGUGCUAGCCGCCGGCGACGACAGCUGUUUGACGGCUCUGAUGAUGACAUGAUUGCACAUGUUCUUGGAUUUCGGAUGAUUGAAUGAAUGCUUGCAACUGAUACAAAUAUGGUGAUCUUAAACAAGAGUGGGUGGUUGCGGGCGCUUUAUAUUGCAAAGUAUCAUUACACGGAUACUUGCAUGCCCAGGACUAUGAGAAGAAUUCAUCGUAAUUCAUCCUCAUUUUUCUUUUCCAGCUACAGUAAUUCAGCUGUCGGAGGAGAUGCUGGGUUACUAGUCCGUGUCGGCGGCCGUGAUAUCGCCGCGAGGCCGAAGCUCAACAGCCGACUUCCGGCAUUCCGGCCUCACAACGCGCACGGCGACGGCGACGGCUGGCUGCAGGCUCUAUUUUCUAUUUUCCCUUCUGUCUCGUUUUUUUCCUUUCUAUAUCGAGGCCCUAUUCUAAAUUUGUCUUCAUUCGGGCACCUCGAUGCACAUAUUUGGCUUUCAAUGUUUCUACCCUAAUAAUCAGCAGCAUACAGACAGAGCACGCACGUAAUAAUAAUUGAUAGCAAGUUGCCAUG